AUGGAUUCGUAUGAAGGUUAUGAUGCGUCUCCCGGAAAGAACCGCGAUAUGGAUUCCUUCGGAGGUAGAGGUGCGCCAGCGGAGUACCGCCGCCGGUCGCCAGCUUCUCAAGAUCGCCGUGGCCGUGGCCGUGGCCGUUCCCGCUCUCCCAUGAUUGACCGCUACGAGCCCUCUGAGCGCCGCCCCCGCGAAGAUUUCUACAACAACUCCCGUGAACAUGCUGCUCGUGAUCGCGAAGAUCGCCGACGCCCUCCUUCCCCCAAUGUCGUGAAUAUUGACCGUUACAUCCCGGGUCAAGACUCCGGCAAGCGACCGCUCCCAACGAAUCCCCUCCCUGACCCACUCAGCCUGGACUUCCAAGUCGGUUUUACCUGGUUCGCCGAAUGGUGGAGAGCCGAACAAGCCAUUAGCGAGGAGAAGGAUCGCGCCAAGAAUGGCGGUCGACGCCCGUCUCGUCUCAAGGGCGAGCGCGAAGCCCUUGAGGACCGGGACAAAGAACGGGCGCAAAUUCAAGCUGCGUACGAUUCAUACAAGGUCGACUUGCAGAUCAAGUUGGCAAGAGCAUUUGUCCAGCAACAUCGUGAAGAAGAAUGGUUCAAAGAGCGGUACAAUCCGGAGGUUCGCGACCCGAUCCGUGACCGUCUGCUGAACUUCCGAAAGGGAGCUUAUGAGCAGUGGGAGCGGGAUCUCAAUGGUGGUCUGUUUGAUGAUUUCACUCUCGAGGGUAUCUACAAGAGCGAAAGCGACGGUGCUGGUGGUGUGAUUGAAAAGGAGGAAGGCGAGGCCACUGCCGUCGGUGAAACUUUGGGAGUCCUAGAUUUACUCCCCGUGCGCGGAGGCGAGCUCCGCGAUGAGGCUCUGUCUCAACCUGCCUUGCUCAUCAAGACUCUUGCGCCGAACGUUAGCCGCGACAAGAUCGAGGAGUUUUGCAAGGAACAUCUUGGAGAGAAUGAUGGCGGUUUCAAGUGGCUCAGCCUUAGCGAUCCAAACCCGUCCAAGAAGUUCCACCGUAUGGGCUGGAUCAUGCUACAUCCCGGUGGCGACACGACGAGCUACGUGGAUCGGGGAGAUGGUCGCGAUGAAGAGAUGGACCAUGACAAUGGCCUGGGUGAAACCGUGACUGUCAACGCUGCCCAAAAGGCGUUGGAUGCCGUCAAUGACAAGACAAUUCAUGAUCCAGUCCACGGCGAUUUCACCUUGCAUGUUGGCGUUCACGCUCCUCCAGCCCAGCUCCGCAAGAAGGCUCUAUGGGAUUUGUUCUCCGCCCCUGAACGCAUUGACCGUGAUCUUGAGCUGGCCCGACGACUGGUCGCUCGGAUGGACGGCGAGAUGGGAGACGUAGAUGGAUUCAGCAAGAUUGAGGAGCGUGUCGAGGACCUUCGUGGUAAGGGCUGGCUCCAGCCCCCCGUCACUGGACCCGUCAGUGUCAAAAAGCACAAGAACGGCUUCGGUAAAGACGGCGCCGACGACGGUGAGAUGGAGGAGGGCGAGGAGCGAGAGAUCUCUUUGGACGACGAUGUCGACGAUGAAGAGAUUUUGGCGAAGAAGAAGAAGUUGGACUUGAUGGUCGAGUAUCUGCGCCGUGUCCACAACUUCUGCUUCUUCUGCGUCUUCGAAAGCGACUCUGUUCACGAGCUUGGUCGCAAAUGCCCAGGCGGUCACCUUCGUCGUCCCCGUACCGGCCUCUCCACUCAAGCCAAGGAGGUCGCUCGUGCCAGUGCCCUGGGACAACCCUUCCCUGUUAGGAAGAAGGAGCCGAGCGAGGAUGGUGAAGAGCGAGCUUCGCCUGUGCAGGAGAGGCGUCCUCAGCGUGUUCCCAAGUCAGAACAACAGCUACAGCGCGCGUUUAACUGGGUCAAGACAUUCGAGGAGAAGGUUUUGCAAAUCCUGGAGCCCGAAAAUGCCGACCUGCGCAAGCUUGGCGGCAAGCCUGUGGAGGAGGCUCUGGACGAGGAGCUUGCCAAGUAUGUCAAGCAGGAGACCGACGACCGGUACCGAUGCAAGGUGCCUGAGUGCACAAAGCUGUUCAAGGCGGAGAAUUUCUGGCGGAAACACGUUGAGAAGCGUCACGCCGAGUGGCUUGACAAGAUCCAGCGCAAUCUGUCUCUCGUGAAUGCCUAUGUUUUGGAUCCUUCACGCAUCGCCCCAUCCCGAUCCGAUGCCAACAGCAAUGGGCACUUCCCUCUUGCGUCCGGUCAUGGCCAGGGCGGUACUCCCCGUGGGUUCAGCCUGCAGAAUGUGCCCUACCUUGGAAACCCAGGGGCUCUUCCCAGCGGAUUUUCCCCAGGAGGCAUGCCCGGCAUCGUUGGUGCAGGUGGCCCCUGGGGUGGCAAUGGUAUUGCUACUGGGGAUGGCGCAAGCCUGCACCAGCCAGGCGUCAUGCGGCGCGGCGGGCACCGUCAACACAACCACCGGUCUGGUCCUUACGACCGUCGCCGCCCUCCUCACGGCACUGGACGCCUCAGCCCUGUCCGCAUGCCUGGCAUGUAUGGCCUUGGUGGUCGUCUUCCUCCUGCCAACUUCUCUGUGCCUGCUGGCCACCCAGCCGCCAACAUGGUUCCUCCAAACCCUUUCCCUGACUCCAUGGGCGGCGGCGGUGGUCCACAGGGUAUUCCUCCGCGCGAAGCAGUGCAGGGCCGUAGCCUGAAGAGCUACGAGGACCUGGACGCUGUAGGCGGAUCCGGCAGCGGUGAGCUGAACUAUUAA